AUGGCAUCAAAAAAAGGAAGAAAACCAGCCCGAGCUGAGAAAAAACUCAAAAGAACCCAUUUCAAGAAACAACUUCCUCAACACAAGAACACCAACACAACUACUACUCUCGAUCAUACAUCUACAUCUAGUACUGUCUCUACAUGUUCUUCCUCGACGACAUCGUUUUCUCCUCAGGAUUCAAACUACCAUGUUCCUUCUCCCUCCCCGGAGGUGCUGGCGUCACCAGGUGAAGGAGGUGGUGGCGGCGGCGGUUGUUGUACCCCGAAAGCUCAGAAGUCUAGGAUACCGGAGAUGCUGACGUGUCCACCAGCACCGAAGAAGCAAAGGGUCCCACAGAACUGCGUAUUGCGACGGAGACAAAUCGUUUUCUUUGCUCCUCCGGAGAUAGAGCUCUUCUUUGUCAAAGCACACGGUCGAUGA